AUGGCUAUCGGCAACAUCUACGUGAUUGCCGCCACGUCCGUCGUCGGCGGCGCGCUCUUCGGCUUUGAUAUCUCGUCUGUCUCGGCCCAGCUGGCUGAGCAGUCGUAUCUAUGCUACUUCAACCAGGAUGAGAACCCCCCAACCACUGCGGACGGCACCUGUGGUGGUCCCCGUUCUCUGGUCCAGGGAGGUAUCACCGCCUCCAUGGCUGCUGGUUCCUGGCUGGGAGCUUUGAUCUCCGGUCCUCUGUCUGACCGAUUGGGACGAAAGUACUCCAUCAUGGUUGGCUGUAUCAUCUGGGUCAUUGGUUCUACUCUCUCUUGUGCCUCCCAAAAUAUUGGUAUGCUCAUUGUCGCCCGUAUCAUCAACGGUCUCUCCGUCGGUAUCGAGUCUGCUCAGGUCCCCGUCUACAUUGCCGAAAUCUCUCCUCCCUCCAAGCGUGGUCGCUUCAUCGGUAUGCAGCAGUGGGCCAUUACCUGGGGUAUCCUCAUCAUGUACUACAUCUCCUACGGCUGCUCCUUCAUUGGCAAGCAGAACCCCGUCGACUACAACACUGCCUCCUGGCGUAUCCCAUGGGGUCUCCAGAUGGUCCCCGCCUUCUUCCUCUUCUUCAUGAUGAUGCUUCUUCCCGAGUCUCCUCGUUGGCUCGCCCGCAAGGACCGCUGGGAGGACUGCCGUGCCGUGCUCACUCUCGUCCACGGCAAGGGAGAUCCUAACCACCCCUUUGUUGCCUACGAGCUGCAGGACAUCAAGGACAUGUGCGAGUUUGAGCGCGCGCAUUCCGAUGUCACCUACUUCGAUCUGUUCAAACCCAACAUGAUCCACCGUACCACUAUUGGUCUCUUCACUCAGAUUUGGUCUCAGCUCACUGGCAUGAACGUCAUGAUGUACUACAUUGCCAACAUCUUCUCCAUGGCUGGUUACACUGGUAACGCUGGUCUGCUCGCCUCAUCCAUUCAGUACAUCAUCAAUGUCCUCAUGACCGUGCCAGCUCUGCUCUGGGUCGACAAAUGGGGUCGCCGUCCGACGCUGCUCAUUGGUUCCGUCCUCAUGGCCCUCUGGAUGUUCGCCAACGCUGGUAUUCUCGCCACUCACGGAGUUGUCGUUCCCGGUGGUAUUGACCACGUCGCUGCCCAGUCCAUGAGGGUAACCGGAGCCCCCGCAAAGGGUCUCAUCGCCUGCACGUAUCUUUUCGUGGCUUCCUUUGCUCCUACCUGGGGUCCCGUCUCCUGGACCUACCCCCCAGAGCUGUUCCCUCUCCGUCUCCGAGGCAAGGGUGUCGCCUUUGCCACCUCUGGAAACUGGGCUUUCAACACCGCUCUGGGUCUCUUCACCCCAGUGGCCUUUGCCAACAUCAAGUGGAAGACCUACCUCAUCUUCGGCAUCUUCAACACCGUCGCCUUCUUCCACGUCCUCUUCCUCUUCCCUGAGACUGCUGGAAAGACGCUGGAAGAGACCGAGGCCAUGUUUGAGGAUCCCAAUGGCAUCAAGUACUUGGGAACUCCAGCCUGGAAGACCAAGGUCGCCACUAGCCAGGUUGUCCGCGCCGAGCACGGUGAUCUUGAAGCUAAGCUUGGUCACGACGAGAAGCCUCCGAUCCACACACACGAGGAGGAGAAGACUCCCCCUCCCGAGUAA